AUGUUUCUGGAAGCACAGGAGAUGAUGGGUCAAGGCUUUCCGAGCUCAAGUGCCGAUGUCCAGAGCUGGGUGGUGCAAGAGGAUGGGCUCUUCCGUGCUGCGUUUGGUGCCCAUGUGACGGAGCCGUGGAAUCGGGAGCGUUUGUAUCUCCAGCUCGAGCGAUCUGUCCUUGCCAAGCCGGGGCCAACCUUGGAUGAGCGCGCACAAGAACUGCGCUCGGAUGAAGAUCGCGAGAUGCUGGGCUCGGGUCUUUGCGCACCCCGGCUUGCCCCUCUGGAGGAAGUCUACUGGUUAAAUAAGUUGGGCCUGCGCUUCCGAUCGCAAGUGAAGUCGAAAAGGCGGCAUCUGGUGGCCAGUCAUCUCUACGAGCUGCGCCUGGACGUAAGCCGAAUCUCGCUGUUCCAAGCUCCACUGGCAUCCAGAGACCUGGCACGAAGGGCCAGUUCCCUUGAUGCCUUGGACAGCCGCGAGACGCGGGUUGCAGGUGAACUGCAGGAACUCUUCCACCGAUACCAGAAAGAGAUGGAGAGCCACAUCGUGGCGCAGCUUGACAGUCGUUUGGACAUGCUCGUGGAGCGCGGGAAGGCAUUGCGCACCGCCCUGUUCGAGGCCGAAGGGCUCCCCAGCGAUGCGCAGGCCACGCAGGCCGCCCAGGCCGUGCUGGCCGCGAGAGAAGCCUACCGAAGCAACCUCCAGGAAAGGAGGAAAGUGCGGGCCAGGCAUGCAGAUCAAAGAAACGCUUUUCGAGCAAGUCUGCAAGAAUCUCUACGGCAAAUGGCGGGAACUGCGACAAGUGCGACAGGCUGGGCAGUGUCGCCGUCGUUAAAUGGCAAUUCUGAUUGA